AUGCCGUCGCCCCAGUCGCGAGCAUCCGUCGCUGGCGCCGGCGAUGCCGCACGAAGCAGCGCGCAGCUGGAGGUCCGGGAUGAGGUCACUGAUUUCGCGGCCCAAAUGCACGGCCCUCCGCAGAUGGAGAAGCUACUCAACUCUCUGGCAGGUGUUCUCGUUGAAGUCACACGAAGCGGCGCGGCGGAGGAGGCCGCUCGAAAAGGUGUUUCUGUCUCGCCCGAGGGGAACGGUGAGGCGGACGUUGCGUCCGCCACCUUUGGCGCGGCACCCUCUCCUGAGAAUGAUCCAAUUGUCCAGAAAGCCUACCUCAACGACUUGUGCCUGUAUUUAACUUCCGGAGCGCCUUCUACAGAGGCGGACCAAACCGCCGGAGUCUCCCCGCUGAUUCCGUUGCCUCUUCCCAAAAGUGGGCGCACUCAGCAUGCCCGGGAACUUUUCAUGCGUCUCGCUAAGAGUCAUUACUGGCGCCACACGCUGCUCAUCCCACUACUGCGCCGUUGGUGGCAGGAGGGGCCUCACUCUCUCUUUAGUGUGCUUCUUCUUCAAAGUGUCGCCGAUGCAAUUGGGGAGGAGUUGUUCUCGAACACCUCGUGUAAGAUGGAGGAGGCCAUGGUGCAUACGCCACGAGUAACGCGUAAAAGUGAGGAAGUUGCCAAUAAUGAGCGGCCUCCUCGCUCAGAAGCCAUGCAAGGCUUGGAAGAAUUGCUAAAGGCGACUGGCUCCUUUCGAGGGUUGUGCCUUGGUCUUGAGGCCAUCACUCGCAGCCAUGUGAAUGCUUUACAAGCGCGCGUGACAAGACUUCUUAUUGGGUAUACCUGCAGCGCUGAGAAGGAUACAACAACUGGGCGCGCUCGGAUCAUGAUAGAGCGCCUCGUUAACGCUUCCACGCAAUCUCUGUGGAGGGAUGUGUUUGCUUUUCUUUCGAGGACCAUGGGUGAUGUGGAGUUGGCAUUCCGUGAAUCUGUUUGGAUCUUUUUAAUGGCUCUGCUUUCAGGUUACACAGCUGCCCUUAUCCUGCUUGAAAACGAUUCCUGUGUUACUCAACACAACCCUGUCGUGUUGCAGGCUCAACGUAUGUUUAUUGAGCGGAUGCAAGAGCAUUUGCGCGGGUAUAUCACGGUCCGUCUCUCCUCAGACAAUGUGGCCACUGAUAGCUCACCUGUGACGGUGCACAAUGUCGUGUGUCGACAGUCCUUCUUUUGGCGGGCUUCACUGGAAGUGGAACUGGCAAUGGAGUCGUUGCCGUCUGCUUUGAGAACAAAUUCGCUCGUGUUGCCGUGGGCGCGUAGGUUGGUGGCCACCGCGUGGGGCAAUGCGUUUCGUCUCGUUCAGUCACUUGUGCGUGCGCAGGAGGCCACGGAGGAGGUUCCGGACACCGUUGAGAGCACCGAUUCAAUGCUUGCUGUGAUUCGACAGCGGCAGCGUCAACUGUCGGAGGAGCAUUUGGAACGACUCGCGUCGGAGCACUUGAGAGCCUUUGCCGGCACCAAGCAUCCACGCCCGGCAGAGGCGGAUGUUGCUGACGAAACGGGCGGUGGAUCAGCAGUUGCAGAGGAAGUGGGGACCUCGACGUUGUCUUGGUCAUCGUACGCCACCGAAUACUUCUUGCGAACAUAUCAUCCGAGUUGUUUCACAGUUCUUUCCCUCGUCGAACAGGACACCCUUGUUGCUCUGCUGCGUCAAUUGCACACUGUUGUAGUCAAUGGGGAACGUGAGGCAGUGCGGCUCUCUUUGGCGGCCUUCCUCGCCUCGAUUGGCAGCAACGAGGCGAAUGUCCAGAAGCCAAUGUUGCACUGGCACUUAAGGCAUGUGCAUGGUAAAAUUUUGCAGGCACUGGGAGAGGAUGACUUACUACUCAUGUGUUUGUUGCAUGCCGUAUUUGUCUUUUAUGAGCGUAUCGGGAAGACAAAUCUUAACGUCUGCGGUGUUCUUCGGGAGACGCUGCUACCUAUACUGGCAAUGUUGUGCUCCCAGCGCCACAGCGCUUCUGACGACCACGAGGAUGAGGAGCCGUAUUACGAGAGCCAGCAGUGUAUGGUGACGCUUCUUGCAUCCGGUUUUCUUGCGCUACCGUGGGACCUGCGUGGGAUUCAGGUGCGUCUGCUUCUACACAACAGUAUUGGGGCAAGGCUGCAGGAAGCCUUUUCGGCCGAAGAGGGCCUCACAGAGGUGGAUCACCUGUUUGUAAGCUACGCGGAUGGUACGCACACACCCGAGGAUUUGGCAGCCGCGCUGUGUGACGACCUCGCGCAUGAUCCGGUGCUGCAGCUGCUGGCGUCUGGGGGAGAAGCGACGGCGAUAGCGAUGGAUGCCAUGGAUGACUUAUUGGACUCCGAGACGCCUGUCCAUUUUCCUGCACCCUGCGGCGCGUUGUUGCUAAUGUCCAUUUUUCGCACCUUGUCGCUCAACUUUUUGCGGCUUCGCGCCGAGUGGGAGCAGCAGAAUCAACAUGCGAGGGAGGGCGCUAUGGACUACUUGGGUCGCGAGGCUACAUUCUGCACCAUAAGAGAUCUUGGGGUCUUCCGCGUUCUCAUUCAGCUGGCGCACCGCAUGGUGUUAGGCUUUCAGUUGCAACCGGUGGGUCUACUGCGACUGUGGCUCUCAUACAUGAACCAUCUUUUUACUCACAUCGUGCCUCCUUUGACCGAGGACGAUGAAAUCUCGCUCAUGAUGCCGCACGCUAACGGUGGGUCCUCGUCUCCUACGGAGGGCGGGCCACCGCGGCGGGCCUACAAACGCUCGCCCAAUGAGACCUCACAGGGAGAGCUACGCGCGAUACUGGGUGAGCUGCUUGCCGACCUCGCGUUGAUGUCGCUUGUAGACAGUGAGGCGGUCAUGCAGUGCCCUGCAGCUGUGCCGCAUCGCCCCGGUGGCGCAAAAUGGCUACAAAAGCAAACCCAGCGAUCGCAGGAGCUUCUCAUAGUGCAGCGCGUGUUGCCUGUUCUUGUGCUGGAGGAGUUGUGUUUCGCGCUACGAGUUCCCAUUGAGGAUCUGGACGCGAAAGGCGCGGAUCCUGCAUUUGCGCGCCACGUGGGGAAAAUGGUUGAACAAUCUUUCUUGGGUGUACUUGGUGUGUUUGUCUUCUGCCGACGCGUGGAGCUUUUCUUGGUGCCGGGGAGCCUUGUUGACAGGCGCGCCGCGGUGUUGCUGCAAACUCUCUGGUCAGCGGUGGAGGCGGGCUCCAUGGUGAUGGCGCCCACGUGA